GCCCUAGGGCCGGUCCCUGCAGCUCGGGAUGGAGGAUUACAACAAGAUGGAUAUACCAAAUCCCCCAACUUCCAAAUGUAUCACUUAUUGGAAAAGAAAAGUGAAAUCUGAAUAUAUGCGACUUCGACAACUUAAACGGCUUCAGGCAAAUAUGGGCGCCAAGGCUCUGUAUGUGGCAAAUUUUGCAAAGGUUCAAGAAAAAACCCAAAUCCUCAAUGAAGAAUGGAAGAAGCUUCGUGUCCAACCUGUACAGCUGAUGAAGCCUGUGAGUGGGCAUCCUUUUCUCAAAAAGUGUACCAUAGAGAGUAUUUUCCCGGGAUUUGCAAGCCAACAUAUGCUAAUGAGGUCUCUGAACACGGUUGCAUUGGUUCCCAUCAUGUAUUCCUGGUCCCCUCUCCAGCAGAACUUCAUGGUAGAAGAUGAGACAGUUUUGUGCAAUAUUCCCUACAUGGGAGAUGAGGUGAAAGAAGAAGAUGAGACUUUUAUUGAGGAGCUGAUCAAUAACUACGACGGGAAAGUCCAUGGUGAAGAAGAGAUGAUCCCUGGAUCUGUCCUGAUUAGUGAUGCUGUUUUUCUGGAGUUGGUAGAUGCGCUGAAUCAGUACUCAGAUGAGGAGGAGGAAGGGCACAAUGAUACCUCAGAUGGAAAGCAGGAUGAUAGCAAAGAAGAUCUGCCAGUAACAAGAAAGAGAAAACGACAUGCUAUUGAAGGCAACAAAAAAAGUUCCAAGAAACAGUUCCCAAAUGACAUGAUCUUCAGUGCAAUUGCCUCUAUGUUCCCUGAGAAUGGUGUCCCAGAUGACAUGAAGGAGAGGUAUCGAGAGCUAACAGAGAUGUCAGACCCCAAUGCACUUCCCCCUCAGUGCACGCCCAACAUCGAUGGCCCCAAUGCCAAGUCUGUGCAGCGGGAGCAGUCUCUGCACUCCUUCCACACACUUUUUUGCCGGCGCUGCUUUAAAUACGACUGCUUCCUUCACCCUUUUCAUGCCACCCCUAAUGUUUAUAAACGUAAGAACAAAGAAAUCAAGAUUGAACCAGAACCAUGUGGCACAGACUGCUUCCUUUUGCUGGAAGGAGCAAAGGAGUAUGCCAUGCUUCACAACCCCCGCUCCAAAUGCUCUGGUCGUCGCCGGAGAAGACACCAUGUGGUCAGUGCUUCCUGCUCCAACACUUCAGCCUCUGCUGUGGCUGAGACUAAAGAAGGAGACAGUGACAGGGACACAGGCAAUGACUGGGCAUCCAGUUCUUCAGAGGCUAACUCUCGCUGUCAGACACCCACAAAACAGAAGUCUAGUCCAGCCCCACCUCAGCUCUGUGUAGUAGAGGCACCCUCGGAACCCGUGGAAUGGACUGGGGCUGAAGAAUCUCUUUUCCGAGUCUUCCAUGGCACCUACUUCAACAACUUUUGUUCAAUAGCCAGGCUUCUGGGGACUAAGACAUGCAAGCAGGUCUUUCAGUUUGCAGUCAAAGAAUCACUUAUUCUGAAACUGCCAACAGAUGAGCUCAUGAACCCCUCGCAGAAGAAGAAAAGAAAGCACAGGUUGUGGGCUGCACACUGCAGGAAAAUUCAGCUGAAGAAAGAUAACUCUUCCACACAAGUAUACAACUACCAACCCUGUGACCACCCAGACCGCCCCUGCGACAGCACCUGCCCCUGCAUCAUGACUCAGAAUUUCUGUGAGAAGUUCUGCCAGUGCAACCCAGACUGCCAGAAUCGUUUUCCUGGCUGUCGCUGUAAGACACAGUGCAAUACCAAGCAAUGUCCGUGCUAUCUGGCAGUGCGAGAGUGUGACCCCGACCUGUGUCUCACCUGUGGGGCCUCAGAGCACUGGGACUGCAAGGUGGUUUCCUGUAAAAACUGCAGCAUCCAGCGUGGCCUCAAGAAGCACCUGCUGCUGGCCCCCUCAGAUGUGGCCGGAUGGGGCACCUUCAUUAAGGAGUCUGUGCAGAAGAACGAAUUCAUUUCUGAAUAUUGUGGUGAGCUCAUCUCUCAGGAUGAGGCCGAUCGACGAGGAAAGGUCUAUGACAAAUACAUGUCCAGCUUUCUCUUCAACCUCAACAAUGAUUUUGUAGUGGAUGCUACUCGGAAAGGAAACAAAAUUCGAUUUGCAAACCAUUCAGUAAAUCCCAACUGUUAUGCCAAAGUGGUCAUGGUGAACGGAGAUCACCGGAUUGGGAUCUUUGCCAAGAGGGCAAUUCAAGCUGGUGAAGAGCUCUUCUUUGACUACAGGUACAGCCAAGCUGAUGCCCUCAAGUACGUGGGGAUCGAAAGGGAGACCGAUGUGUUUUAGCCCUCCGGGCCCGCACCAGCGCUUAUGGUAGCAGCACUGUCUUGGCUUUCAUGCUCACACCACUGCUGCUCGAGUCUCCUGCACUGUGUCUCCCACGCCAAGAAACCCCCCGCCCGCGCCCUCUGUAGUGAGGCCUCAGCUUUGUCCAGUGGGCACAAGACUGUCUCAGUGAGAGGGGAGACAGGCAGCUAGGGCUUGGUCUCCCAGGGAGAGUUGCAGGGGUGGGAGACUGCAUCUGCAUCUGCAGCCUCAGAGGAAGCGAGCACAGGCUGGGGUGGGUGACUUAGGCUUGAGUUGGUGUCAGCUCCCCAGGCUGUGGGCCUCAGGACUCCACUUAGGCAGUUCCUAACAAGCAUUAGCCUGUAAUUCUAGCUUUCCCAACCAAGGGUCCUUAUGUAAUUGGGGGUGUAAGGCACAUAUCUAUGGUCCUAAGACUUAGAGGGGACAGACUGAAUGAAAUGUGGCUCCUGGAGCCUGGUGGGCAGCACAGACUGAACUCAGAGGGAGGUGGGUCACCUAACCACCUCUUCCCUGGGGGCAGGGUCCACACUGAAAGAGUGUGGGUUCUGAGUGCAGGUGUUCAAGGCUGGGAGAAGGAAAGCGAUGUGCCUCCUUCCAUGGCCAGAGAAGGAGAACCAGCCUGAUGACAGUAGUUAAACUUCUGAGCCUGGGCCCAGGAGACUUUUUGAAAGCCAUCUCUGUGUGCUCUGGAGAUAGAUGGAUAAGUGUUGUUAGAUUCCUGGGAGCAGGUGCCAGCACCCCAACUCCUUCCAAAGCUCUGGCUUAGUUGCAGGCAGGCAUUAGGCUGCCACUGAAGAAGUGUCAGGGGGUGUGCCUGGCAAGGUGUGAGCACCCAGGCAAGGUGUGAGUUUGGCAAGGUGUGAGCACCUGGGUUUGCUGGAUUUGUAGUUUUGAGGCCUUCUUUUCCCCAUAGAGGCUAGGCCCAAGGGCCAGUGUUGCUUAUGUCUUCGGGGUAGGUGGGCACAAGGCCUGGACUAGAAAGGGGAAAGGUUGUUGGUGUGAUCUUCUUUCCUGUCUGUAGCACCUGCUGUUUGGAAAGGGGGAGUUAGCAAUAUGUGUUUAGAGGUGGGUGAGGGGCUAAAUUGCACGCAUUUAGGAUGGCAUCACAUGUGCAGGGCAGACUGGUAUAGACUGUUGGAAGUAUGAGAGGCAGGCAGACCACCUUUCCUGUCCAUGGUGCCAUUCUCUCUGGGAUUCAUGCAGAGCAAAGCACUUUAACCAUUCUUUUAGAAAGUCUAUAGAUUGGGGUGGAACUUGCACUAAGGACUCUGAGGUCCCUGCCCAGAGCCCACUCCCAAGGGAAGGGGAAAAAGAAGGGGUGGAAGAUUCUCCUCCAGUUCUGUCUCAUGUCCUAGGGGAGGCAGGAGGAACUGGCUUGACAUAGAAGAAAUUAACAAGAGUGGGGCCAGCAAGAGCUGCUGUGUGUCAAUGGCUGGUGCUGAGCUGGCAGGGGACAGGGAGCAUUGUGCUGGUGGAAAGGACUUUGGCAGGUACAGACUAGUCUGGGGAGUAUUAGAAUAGGGAGCAGGCUUCUCUCUUCUUUCUGGGGAGUCUGAGCCUCUCUUCCCCGGGUCUCUUCUGACCACUUCCUUCCUUGCACUCCACUGGGUGUCUCAUGAAAGAAGAAGUUGGGUUCCUUGUGGCCCAGCUGCCUCUAAGGGAUUUGUACACACACACAUACUCUCUCUCACCACGCUGGCGGGCACACGUGCACCCUGCACCCAGCAUCCGCCCAGCCAGCUCUUGACAGAAGCCUCCUCCCUCCCGAUUGGGCCAGCACCCAGCACGAUUCUGAAAUCUACAUCUGCUGUGGUUUGUGUUCAUUGUGUGUAUCAGGGAUACCCUCAAGCUGGACUGUGGGCUCUGAAUUACUCAUAAAUCACAGGGGGAAACCAGAGACAGAUGAAGAGGAGGAUUGGGUCUGUUUGAAAUGCAAGGGGCUGGAGAGGAGGAAUAGGUGAAAGGUUUUUUUUUUUUGCUGGACUGCCCCCAUGCUCCCCUCAGUGAGCAGAAUCACUGUAGUCAAGCCCCUUUUCCCAGUUUCAGACCACUAAUCCUUCUGUUCCUCCCGCAUUCCCAUCCUUUGUCCCUGCUGUCCACCACCUUUAAUGACGGGUCUCAACCCCUCCCCCCACAUGUAGUGAUGGAUGGAGCAAGGCGGUGGGGCCUGGGGGAGGCUGGUGUACGUGCGGCUUUGUUGCCAGUGAAUUUCACGCACUUUAAAGUCCUGUGGCUUGUGACCUCUUAAUCUGAAUAAAGUGUUAGAAUCCAUUUUA